AUGAUCUCUGAAGAUUGGCUAAACCCAAAUAACUGUGAAAAAGUCAAAUUAAAAUCAGACAAAAAUAAAAAACUACAUGUUAAUAAGACUAACAAAAGGAUUGAAAAGUCUAAUAAAGCUGAAGAGAUAGAUGAACUAGUAGAAUACAUAUUAACUAUCGAAAUGUCUCAGUCUACUGCUUUUAUAUAUGCUAAUGAAGAGCAAGUUAGAAAAUAA